UUUCGUAUCCCAGUGUUAAACCACGCCCACAUCGUCUUUUCUUUGGCAUUUGCGAGCUCGAGGAGAUCCACUUUAGAUUUUCAGCAAAACUACAAUCUUCACAAUAUGUCAUCUGCAUCUAGUAUGAAUUCCUUGACCGUUGCCACGGCAGCAAUCUUUGGUAGUCUCGGGCUGCUAUGGCUCUACAAGAAGCUGAGAUCACAACAAAGGAGGGCGGGGCUUAAAGAUAAAGUGGUACUCAUCACGGGGGCAAGUUCCGGAGUAGGAGAGGCAUGUGCUAGAGCUUUCUACUGUCUUGGCUGUAAGGUGAUUUUGUGUGCAAGGAGGGCUCCUGAACUCGAGAGGGUCAAGAAAGAAUUGAUGGCCCUGAAAUUGGCUCCAGGGAUACCAGCACACACACCCCAUGUCAUACCCUUAGACCUAGAAAGACUAGACGAGUUACCGGACAAAGCCAAAGAAGCUCUCGCGCUCCACGGUCACGUGGAUAUCCUUAUCAACAACGGAGGCAUGAGCGGUAGAGGGAGCGUCGCUGAGACCGUUCUCUCCGUCCAUCAGAAGAUCAUGAAUGUCAACCAUUUUGGCUCGCUUGUCCUCACAUCAGCCAUUUUACCAAAUAUGAUAUCAAGAAGAAGUGGACACAUACUUGCAGUCAGCAGUAUCCAAGGCAGGAUAGCUAUUCCAUUCAGGAGUGCCUAUUCUGCUUCCAAGCAUGCCAUGCAGGCCUUCUUUGACUCUCUCAGGGCGGAGGUUGCAGAGCACAACAUCCACGUCACCGUUCUCAGCCCUAGCUAUAUCAAGACCAACAUCUCCUUGAGUGCACUCGAUGGGGAUGGAUCUGUACAUGCAAAAAUGGAUUCCACCACUGCCGGUGGCAUGUCCACAGUCUAUGUGGCCGACAAGGUAGUUGAUGCGGUUGCUAAGCGACAAAGUGAUGUAGUUUUAGGGCCCUUUACCCACGGUGCUGCGAUCUACAUCAGAGCUCUGGUCCCCAAUCUCUACUUCUGGAUCAUGGCAGGGAGAGCAAGGAAAGGAACAAAAACGGAAGAUUGAUGGAGGAUACAGAAAGGGACGUUAUUUUUUAGAUUUAAAAUUGAAAUUGUCCUUAAUCGCCCUUGUUACGUUGUUAGUGAACAAAAAUGUAUGGGAAGCAAGAUUUUAUGGAGAGUUAUUUUCCUCUAGUUACAUGGUAAUCGUGAUUAACUAUUUCAUAUAUUAUAGAGUUGUUUAUAACACUGACAGAAUGAAAUUCCAACUGAUAACAGAUGCUUGUUUGCCUAUUUUCCAAAACUAAAUGUGUAUCUGUCUUGAAAUUUCAAGGUGUUUCUCUGUAAUAGAAAUUCUAGGAGACUUUGGUAAAAAAGUGGACUUCUUUCACAACCAUGUCAAAAUGUUCAAUGGUAUGCUCCAUAGUGGACAAGCCAAGCACUAACAAAAGCAAGGUGGGGGGGGGGGGGGGCAGGGGUCACAAAAAUGUCCCAAACUUGCAACAUACUGAAAUCAAAUUAUUGUUAUUAUCAUUAGGCAGAUGCUUGU